CUCAGUUGUUGAGUGUUGACUACUUGACUAAUUCAUCCAAAUUCUCCAAACUAGCUAGGACCCUUUAUAAGCUACUUAUCUUUUCUAUUUUUCCUUAAUUCAUUGGAUAAAUAAUUCGAAUAACAGAAGAGAAUAAAGUGAAUCUCUGCUUCAUUUCCUUGAAAGAUUGAAAUAUCAGAUAAUUGUUGCUUGUUCUUUCUUGUUACCAAAAAUGGGUUGUGAGAGUACUCCUGAACAAACAACAUCUCCAACAUUAGAUUCUAUAGCAGUUCCUCUACUCUGCAAACAUGUUAAUUCUGAUUCUGAUUUUGACUCUGAUUCUUCUGAUUUUGUUCUUCAAUCCCAUGGAACAUGGCUACACUGUGGAUACCACUUAACAACAUCAAUAGUAGCACCUCCACUUCUGAACCUUCCAUUUGCAAUUGGGUUGUUGGGAUGGAGCACUGGAAUGUUGUAUCUUAUGAUUGGAGCACUUGUUACUUUUUACUCUUACAAUUUGUUAUCUUUGGUUUUGGAACAUUAUGCUUCUAAAGGUAUCAGAUUUCUGCGGUUUCAAGACAUGGCUGAUCAUAUUAUUGGAAAAGCAUGGGGUAGAUUUUUUGUGGGUCCUAUACAACUUGCAGUCUGUUAUGGUGCUGUGAUUAGCUUGAUCAUUCUUGGUGGGCAGUGCAUGAAGACAAUGUACUCUCUAGCAUGGCCAAACGGGGAAAUGGAACUUCAUCAAUUCGUGUUAAUAUAUGGAGGCGCAGUACUAAUGGUGGCGCAAAUUCCAUCGUUUCACUCAUUAAGACAUAUAAACCUCGUUUCUCUUGCUUUAAGCCUCGCUUAUAGCGCCUUUGCUACAGCCGGUUCCAUCUAUAUAGGGAGUUCAUCGGUUGAACCAAAGGACUAUUCAAUAGUUGGAACUUCCGAAAACAAGCUAUUUGGAUCUUUCACGGCAAUUACAAUGAUUGCCGCGUCCUUUGGGAAUGGAAUCAUCCCAGAAAUUCAGGCAACCUUAUCUGCACCAGUAAAAGGAAAGAUGUUCAAGGGGUUAAGUCUUUGUUAUGCUGUUGUUAUAGUUACUUUCUUCAGUGUUGCAGCUUCCGGGUAUUGGGCCUUUGGUAAUGGUGCAAGCAGUUUCAUACUCGAUAGCUUUGUCGAUAGUAAAGGAAAUGCUUUGGUGCCCAAAUGGUUUCUUUUAGCCACACUUGGCUUCAUCAUCCUCCAAUUAUCUGCUGUUUCUGGGGUUUACUUGCAACCAGCAAACUUACUUAUGGAACAGCUAUUUGUUAAUCCAAAGUACGCACCAUUUUGCCUCCGCAAUGUAGUAUCCCGAGUAAUCUCAAGGUCUGUCUCCGUGAUGAUAGCAACUACAAUAGCGGUUUUGCUUCCAUUCUUCGGGGAUUUCAAUGCUUUAAUCGGAGCAUUUGGGUUCAUACCUCUCGAUUUUAUCCUGCCUCUCGUAUUCUUCAACUUAACCUUUAGACCAUCCAAGAGAAGUUACAUUUAUUGGUUGAAUUUCAUCAUUGCCUCCGUAUUCUCACUGGUUAUGAUAAUUGGUGUCUUCGCAUCUGUUAGACAAAUCGUUCUUGAUGCGAAUGAAUCUCACUCACUUGAUCGUCUUUCUAGUUCUUGGAGGUUUCGGUUGAUGGAAGAGACUACUCGGAUGUCAUUUUCGAGUUACUUAAGAAACACUGUGAAUUCUUUUUCUUCUCUAUGAUCUUAUCUAAGUAAGCAUGGAAUGAUGGAAAUGCAGUGAUCCUAGUCCAAGAGCAAGCAUAUACAAAAAAUGUAAAUUUUUUUGAAGUGUAUAUUAUCAGUAAGAAUCAAUUUAUUUCAUUGAUUAAACAGAAUGCGGAAAAAGAUGUUAGCUACAUCUUCAUUUAGAGCGCCUAUCAUAGGAUUUUAUAUACAGUGAUGUGUAUUCCUUGUUACUUAUUAAUGGAUAGAAAUUCUUGACUUUACUUGCGUGACUAAUGAGUAAAUAAGUACGAGAGAAAAUAUGAGUUUAUGUUCAUAUUUACGGGCACAACGGGUGCUAUGACGGUGAACUCAGGGCGACACUGCGUCACUGUCUUACGCUUUUUGCUUUUACCACUGUUAACCUCCGGAGAUACAUGUUGUUGAUGAAUGAUGAUAUUAUUUGUUGGAUCAAUGCAGAUGAGUGUGAUGCGAUUAGGAGAGGAAAUGUGGGUUCAUGUCCAUAUAAUGUGAAGUAUGUGAUCCAAUAUUCUUGUGAAUUUGUAUAUUGACGUAUGGAGUUGAAAGAGUUCUAUAGCUAAUAUAGGAUCUUUGUAGGGAUGCUAUGAGUGUGUUAAGCUUGCACGGGCCAACAAGUUACAAUGCUCGAGUAAGCAUGGCUUUGGAAGAGCUUUUGACUGCAAUUAAGGCCGACCCUAAGCAAGUGCAAGUUGUGUCUACACUUAGACCUCUUAAUAAUUUUAGUUUUCAACUAGUGCUAAGGUUUGAACUUUUUUAUACGUAUACAAUAGUUUAGGAGCCCAUAAAUAAACUUUUCCCCCGGGCCCCUAAAAAUUAAACCUAGGGCCGGCCCUGAUUGUAAGGGUCAAGGUUCUCGAGCAAGCACUUUCAUGUUGCUUGGGACAUCAUGAUGCUUGGGCGAAUCGCAGAUUUGCAAGUUUUUGCGGCUUAGUUUGCAUUGUUAUUGCUAGGGCGGGCAACUGUUUGCUCGCCUAAACAAGCAAUUUUUUUUUAUUUUUCAUGAUUUUAAAUUCUAAUUUUUUUUCUCCUAUGUAUAUACCAUAAAUUUUUUUAUUCUAUCACACAGAGAGACAAUUAUGAGUGUUUGAGUCACAAAAACUAGUGUUUUCUAAUAGGUUAAUUGUUCUUUGAAAUCCUUGGUGUUAGAUUUCAAUCUUAUUGUGAUCAAGAACCUUCCAACACAUCAAUAAUAUGGAUUUCCAAUUUUUGGGGG